UAUCGGCCGGCGUCAUUUGAAAAGAAACAACGAGAGCAGAAGUACUGCAAUAUCGCUGCGACUCUACAACACGUGUUAACAAAAACCGCGCUAGUCAGUUGUGUUAAGUAAAUUGUAAUAAGUGAAUAAAAUGCCUGAAGAGAUGGAGACACAGUCCGCGGAGGUUGAGACCUUCGCCUUCCAGGCUGAAAUCGCUCAGCUCAUGUCACUGAUCAUCAACACGUUCUACUCGAACAAAGAGAUCUUCCUUCGUGAGUUAAUUUCAAACUCCUCAGACGCCUUGGAUAAGAUCCGCUAUGAAUCUCUCACCGACCCGUCGAAGUUGGACAGCGGUAAGGAGCUGUACAUUAAGAUCAUCCCCAACAAAAGCGAAGGUACGUUGACGAUCAUCGACACCGGUAUUGGUAUGACCAAGGCCGACCUCGUGAACAACCUGGGUACCAUCGCCAAGUCCGGCACAAAGGCUUUCAUGGAGGCUCUGCAGGCGGGCGCUGACAUCAGCAUGAUUGGUCAGUUCGGUGUGGGUUUCUACUCAUGCUACCUGGUUGCGGACCGCGUGACCGUCCACUCGAAACACAAUGACGAUGAACAGUACGUGUGGGAGUCGUCGGCUGGUGGUUCGUUCACCGUCCGCCCAGACCACGGCGAGCCCCUCGGCCGCGGCACAAAGAUCGUGCUGCACGUGAAAGAAGACCUAGCCGAGUUCAUCGAGGAGCACAAGAUCAAGGAGAUUGUUAAGAAGCACUCCCAGUUCAUCGGUUACCCCAUCAAGCUGAUGGUUGAGAAGGAACGCGAAAAGGAAUUAUCUGACGACGAGGCGGAAGAGGAGAAAAAAAGAGAGGCCGAGGAUGACAAGCCCAAAAUCGAGGAUGUGGGUGAGGAUGAGGAGGAAGACAAGAAAGACAAGAAGAAGAAGAAAACCAUUAAGGAAAAGUACACUGAGGAUGAGGAACUGAACAAGACCAAGCCCAUCUGGACCAGGAACGCGGACGACAUCACACAAGAGGAGUACGGUGACUUCUACAAAUCCCUCACUAAUGACUGGGAGGACCACCUCGCCGUGAAGCACUUCUCCGUUGAGGGUCAAUUGGAGUUCCGUGCUCUCUUGUUCGUACCCCGCCGCGCACCCUUCGACUUGUUCGAGAACAAGAAGCGCAAGAACAACAUCAAAUUGUACGUGCGCAGGGUGUUCAUCAUGGACAACUGCGAGGACCUGAUCCCCGAGUACCUCAACUUCAUCCGUGGUGUCGUUGACAGCGAGGACCUGCCGCUCAACAUCUCUCGUGAGAUGCUGCAACAAAACAAGAUCCUCAAAGUCAUCAGGAAGAACCUGGUCAAGAAAUGCCUGGAACUGUUCGAGGAGUUGGCCGAGGACAAGGAGAACUACAAGAAGUUCUACGAACAGUUCAGCAAAAACCUGAAGCUGGGCAUCCACGAGGACUCUCAGAACAAAGCCAAACUGUCUGACCUGCUCCGCUACCACACAUCUGCCUCCGGCGACGAGGCGUGCUCCCUCAAGGAGUACGUGUCGCGUAUGAAGGAGAACCAGAAACACAUCUACUACAUCACUGGCGAGAACCGCGACCAGGUGGCCAACUCUUCGUUCGUGGAGAGGGUCAAGAAGCGCGGCUACGAGGUGGUGUACAUGACCGAGCCCAUCGAUGAAUACGUAGUACAGCAGAUGAGGGAGUACGACGGCAAGACCUUGGUCUCCGUCACCAAAGAGGGCCUGGAGCUCCCAGAGGACGAAGAAGAAAAGAAGAAGCGCGAGGAGGACAAAGUCAAGUUCGAGGGCCUGUGCAAGGUGAUGAAGAACAUCCUUGACAACAAAGUGGAGAAGGUGGUCGUCUCCAACAGGCUGGUAGAAUCUCCGUGCUGCAUCGUUACCGCCCAGUAUGGUUGGUCGGCUAACAUGGAGCGCAUCAUGAAGGCACAGGCCCUGCGCGACACAUCUACCAUGGGCUACAUGGCCGCCAAGAAGCACUUGGAGAUCAACCCCGACCACUCCAUUGUCGAGACGCUCAGGCAGAAGGCCGAGGCCGACAAGAACGACAAGGCUGUGAAGGAUCUCGUGAUCUUGCUGUACGAGACCGCGCUGCUGUCGUCUGGCUUCACCCUGGACGAGCCGCAGGUGCACGCGUCGCGCAUCUACCGCAUGAUCAAGCUGGGUCUGGGCAUCGACGAGGACGAGCCCGUGCAGGCCGAGGAGUCCAGCGCCGGCGACGUGCCGCCACUCGAGGGUGACGCCGACGACGCGUCGCGCAUGGAGGAGGUCGAUUAAAUGUUUCCCGCCUAUUCUGUAGCCAUGUUGUAAUGGUUUUUGUGAUUGUUUUGUGCACUGGUGUACAGCCAAAGACUGAUUUAGUUCAAAGAAUUCCAUUAUCAAUAAAUGGUAUUAAUUAAAUUAAUCGA